AGGAAUUAGAAUUCCCCACAACCGCGGUUGCUUCCCCGUUUCCGGCAGCGCAGCCGGCCACCGAUCGCCGGACUCCGAAUCGAGACCGGGGCAUCGCCUGGGAGAGGAGAGAACCGAGAGAUGCUGCUGCAGCAGCAGCUGCCGCAGCCGACGCGGAUGCACUGGGCGAGAGCCGACGCCUCCGACUUCGGAGGCGAAAUCCCCGCCCCCCGCAGUGGGCACACGGCGGUCGGCAUCGGCAAGUCCAAGGUUGUCGUCUUCGGCGGGUUCGCCGACAAGCGCUUCCUCGCCGACAUCGCCGUCUACGACGUCGAGAACAGGCUGUGGUACACGCCGGAAUGCACCGGCAGUGGCUCGGAUGGGCAGGCGGGCGUCGGCCCCAGCCCGAGGGCGUUCCACAUCGCCGUGGUCAUUGACUGUAACAUGUUCAUCUUCGGCGGCCGUUCCGGGGGCAAGAGGUUAGGCGAUUUCUGGAUGCUUGACACUGACAUAUGGCAAUGGUCAGAGAUGACUGGCUUUGGUGAUUUGCCGUCUCCGCGUGAGUUUGCUGCUGCAUCGGCCAUAGGAAACAGAAAAAUUGUCAUGUAUGGUGGUUGGGAUGGCAAAAAGUGGUUGUCUGAUGUAUAUGUCAUGGACACAAUGUCACUUGAGUGGACAGAACUAUCAGUUGCUGGAUCAGCGCCACCUCCAAGAUGUGGACAUUCUGCCACCAUGAUUGAGAAGAGGCUUCUUAUAUUUGGAGGCAGAGGUGGAACUGGACCGAUAAUGGGUGAUUUAUGGGCUUUAAAGGGUGUUACUGAAGAAGAUAAUGAGACACCAGGUUGGACACAAUUAAAGCUGCCAGGACACUCUCCAUCUGCACGAUGUGGUCAUUCAGUGACUUCCGGAGGACCCUAUCUCUUGCUAUUUGGAGGACAUGGAACUGGAGGUUGGCUAAGUAGAUAUGAUGUGUACUACAAUGAUUGUAUUGUUUUAGACAGGGUCUCUGUCCAAUGGAAGCGCUUACCAACAAGUAAUGAGCCACCCCCUCCUCGGGCAUAUCAUUCUAUGACUUGCAUAGGGCCUCGGUUUCUUCUAUUUGGUGGCUUUGAUGGAAAGAAUACCUUUGGCGAUUUGUGGUGGCUUGUUCCUGAAGAUGAUCCUAUUGCCAAGCGAGACUUGGUUCCUAAGGUUGGUUCAGACAGCAACCAUAGCACUGUGACUGGUGAUGCCCAACAGUCUGCACUGAAGGAACCACAAUCUGGGGAAUCACCAACGUUGGACUUGGCAAAACGAUUGGGGAUUCCACUUUCUCUAGAAACUUCAGCAAAUUUUGUCGAUGAAAUCCACGAUAAAGAACUAAUGGAAUUAUCAUCUAGGUUUAUCGGUGAAUCACUUCCUACUAGUGAUCAGCUCGCAUGUAUUGAGGCACUUCGUGAUCAUUGGAGAAGUUCUCCAUCAAGCUCGAUACAGCUCCAGGAACUAGGUCCUCUGCUGAGGGACUAUCAACGUCUAAUUAUCCGCUGCUAUGUGGAAAAUCCAACCCCGACAUUCCUUGAAAAGGAAGAUCGUCGCCUUUUCCAUUUGAAAAAUGCUUCGCAGUUGCGCAUGGAUGACAUUCCCAUCUUGUUGAGCGAGUAUAGAACUCUGCUGUCCACCUGAGGGCCUUUACAACCCUUUUAGCAGCCUGCAGGCAAUAUCGCGAGAAGGUAAAUUCACAUGAAUUUCUUUUUGGGAGGUCUCUCAUCAGUGUGAUGAAUGAGUGGCCAACCAGAGUUUCGUCUCGGGCAGCAUUGGCACAAGGAUGACAGACAUCUCUCUCCCGGGAUAGGUUCAUCAGAAACAUGCACAGAACCAUGAACAUGCCCCAGGACCUAAACUUCCUUAACGACGGAAGACAGGGAGCCAAUUUCUCUGCUCCUCGAAUCCACUUUCAUCAUUUGCGUUAUCUUUUUUUCUUUUCACUUCAACUUGACUGGACUAGAAAGCCGGAAGAAUGGGAAUCUGAACAAGCGAGGACAGUUUGAGGUCUCAGUCAGCGGCAUUUAUUUGUACAUUUAGCCUUGGCACAUGCUUUUACUUCAUUCCAUGGCUUUGGAAGCUCAUGAGGGACGCAGGAGGGUGUAUGGCGCCGUUGCAGAUCGAAAAGGGGGACAUUGCAUGAUGCGAUGGAUUGCAGGAAAGUUAGCUUUGUUUGCUGCAGUGGUUGUUUUGUUUGACUGAAGGAAUUGAUAAGUUUGUUGGCUAGUGGAAGAAGCCGUCCAGUCUUCCUUAUUUUUUAUGAGAAAAGAGGAACGAAAUCCAUCCAUCUAGGUGGCUCCAUGUUGCUUGCUGUCGUUUGAGCAGCACUAUGGGUCUUAAGCGUAAAAAGCUUUAUGGCCUUAGGCCCAAAGCCUCUGCUAAUUCUGACUCGUUAGAUCGGGCAAUGAAAUUCAUUUUUCUGCA